AUCGUGAGGAAGUAUCGGGCGGGAGCUGUGGCUGUGGCAGUUCGGGGGCCAACGACGCAUUCUGAGUUUCAAGAUUAUCCCUUGUACAAUACCGGGUGCGAUCCGUGGGAGGGGCACUCCAAUUCAAGAAGUUGGCGCUGCCGCCAUGCCCACGAGCCGCACAUUCUCGCAGAACCCGUACAACCAGCUCGCGGUGCAGAAUUCGAUGCUGGCGGACGGGCUGGUUGCCGUGCAUCGGCGGCAGGGCCCCGGCAGACCUGGGCGCCGCGCCAGGGCGACGAAGUCGGAGGGGCCCUUGCUGCCUCAGUUCGGCCAAGUCGCGGGCUGGGUGCCCGACCAGGCCCGCGGUCAGGAGCUGCAGCCCCGGAGCCCGGCCCGCAAGGUUUGGUCGGCGCCGGCGCCCGUCCCCGCCCUGGCGGGGCAGGGCGGGCCCGAGGUGCAGCAGCGGUGCGGACACGAGGGUGCAGCAAGGCGGAGCCGCCACGCCGCCAGCUCCAUGCAGGCGGCGGUGAGGUCGGCCAAGCAGGAAUCUCCAACCAUCGACGGUUCCGUGCCAACGACCGCCCAGCCCGACAUCACGAAGGUUUGCGACGAGGGCAGGGAAGACGGAACGGUAGUGCUGGGCACCCCGACGAACCAGGAGUCCCACGCCGUCGAGGAUCAUCUGUCGAGGGCCGUUGCGCCAGAGAUUUCCAAGGCCCAGCCGCAUUUGGCGUUCGACAGGGCCGCUUCGGCGUGCUCGACGGAGCCGCCGGACGCCAGAGAGAAGGUGCGGCCGAUCCUCGCUUUCAGUGCCAGUGGCCAGGAGGAGGAGGAGGAGGAAGCGGACUGCAAUUCGCCAAAGUCUGUCGCGUCCACGAUCUGCGACCACUGGGGCAUGACCAGGGCCACGCCCGCGGACACCAAGGCGGGCGACGACGCAACGCUCGCGUUGGGAGACCUGAGGCAGCGCGUCUGGAGGCCAUCUCUGAAGAACGCCGACUGCUGCCUGCUUCAGCCUUCCACCGAGGUGACCAUAUUUGGCACGGGCUCGGACCUCGACGGCGUCAGGGGAACGAUAACGAUCGUCGACGCCGCGGAGGGCCUCUACCGCGUGCGCCUCCCAAAUGGCAGCCAGAGGAAGAUCAUGGCUGGGCUGUGCCGCGUGGUCGACCCGUACUCCUGAUGGCGUGGCUCGAAGCGCCGCACCGGGGCUCGAGGAUAUGUUGGAGACCUUUUUUGCUCCGCUACAACAAAGCGGAAGCGGUCUUUGCUGCCAGUUCGUCGUGUUGUUUGGGGCGCGCGCUCGUCAUAAUCAGUUGUGGCUGUGGCCAAUCAAGUUCAGCUGCUCGUCAUUUUCACGCUUGGACGUGAACAGCGGUCGCCCUCAAUGGCACGGCUGCUGGCAUCCAAAGCACAAUUCCACUCUCGUCAGAGACGUCGGCAGAUUGCCAUUGACAGGUAGGACAGUAGCAGUAGCAGCAGUCGGCCUCGGGCUAAGACGGUCCAUUCUGGGCGGUCGGUGACGCGCCGGCCCGGGGCUGCUACGCUGAGGGGCUUGUUUGGGGGGAAUCUCUGAAUGUGAGCACGUUUGCGCUGGGGCCUGAAUAGGGCGCCGCGCAUGGACAUGGACCCUGUCAUCAUCUUGGCGACCACAUGGUUGUAGCAGGUGCGUUCCCAACGCAGCCGAGCUUUCUUCUUGCCCACGUGGCACGCUACGUUGCCAUCAGCGCUGUUUGAAGGGGUCGUCGUAGCGAGGCUUCAAGCGAUUGCCGUCCGCAUCCGGAUCCUGCCCUUCCACAUUCCUCGUCGUCUUCCCCCUUCCUCCCUCCCUCCCCCCAUCCAUCCUCCCUCACAUGCGUUUUCUGUUGCAUUUCCGAGGGCCCAUCCCCUUUUUUUGUGAAGGCCGAGGCGUGCCCGCCCAGUCGUAGCGUGAAGGCCGAGCGUCGCCUCGAAAUGCGACCUGUAUUUCGUACAAGCAUCUCUUGCUCGUGCCGGGCGUGCGGAGGAGU